GGCCCUGGGCAGAGGCCGGGCAGGCCCCGGGGAGCCCCGAGCGCCUCACAGAGCGGGAGAGGCGCCUCACCCCGGCGCUCGCAGCGAGAAUCGGGAACUGCGCACGGCUCCUGUGGUUUGGGGUAAACUCGAGGGCCCGCAGGGUUUAUCUGCAGCUUUUCGCCCGUUUUUUCGUCUCAUGAACCGAAGAAUUGCCUUCACUUCCAUGAAUCUUUCCACCAUGAAACAGCUGCCUGGAGAGACAAUUCGACUCCUUUCAAGUUCUCAGGUGAUUACUUCAGUUGUCAGUGUGGUGAAGGAGCUGAUAGAAAAUUCCUUGGAUGCCAGUGCUACAGGCAUUGAUAUUAAACUGGAGAAUUACGGGUUUAGCAAAAUAGAGGUAAGAGACAAUGGCAGUGGAAUCAAGGUUGAUGAUGUUCCAGUUAUGGCAAUUAAACACUACACCUCAAAAAUCAGCUCUUCUGAGGACCUUGAAAGGCUGACAACAUAUGGUUUCCGUGGGGAAGCUUUAGGAUCGAUUUGCAGCAUAUCAGAGGUUUUGGUCACAACAAAGACAGCUGCAGAUGAUUUCAGCAUUCAGUAUGCUUUGGAUAGCAACGGGCAUGUAACCUCUAAAAAGCCUUCCCAUCUUGGGCAAGGUACCACAGUAACAGUCCUAAAUUUGUUUAAGAAUCUUCCUGUAAGAAAGCAGUUUUACUCAACAAGUAGAAAAUGUAAGGAAGAACUGAAAAAAGUCCAAGAUCUACUGACAGCAUAUGGCAUUAUAAAACCAGACCUGAGGAUAACAUUAACACAUAAUAAGGCAGUUAUUUGGCAGAAGACCAGGGUAUCGGAUCACAAAAUGGCCUGUAUGUCAGUUCUGGGAACAGCCGUUAUGAGCAGUAUGGUACCUUUUCAACACUGCUGCGAAUAUCCUGAGAUAAAUCUUUCUGGAUUUCUCCCAAAAGCUGAGUCAGACAAUUCUUUGACAAGCCUUUCAAGUUCAGAAAGGAGUUUCAUUUUUAUAAAUAAUCGUCCAGUUCUUCAGAAGGAAAUACUGAAGUUAAUUCGACAAUACUACAGUCAGGUGACACAAAAGGACUGUACUCGUUUAUAUCCUGUAUUCUUUUUGAGUAUUACUGUACCUGCCUCUGCAGUGGAUGUGAAUAUAACACCUGAUAAAACACAAGUUUUGCUGCAUUAUAAGGAAUCCGUCUUACUUGCAGUUGAAAAUGUGUUGAAAUCACUGUAUGGGCCACUACCUGCUGCAGUCCCUGGUGAAAGUAAUAAAACAGAUGUUACCUCAGAAGACAUGUUUGUUCAUAGAACAGACCAAACAGAUGUGGCUGUUAAUGAAAUGGGACCAUCUGGAAAUGAUGAGCUACAUGCUCAUACUUCAUUCCUUUCACUCAGCAGUGAUGUGCAAAACUGUCAAGCAGGAAAAAACGCAGAGAUCUGCUUAAAUCAUCAGACAUUUAGUGGUGAUAAUGUACACAGUCGCCUGGACAAAAGAGAGGUUUCUAAGAGUGAUGCCUUUCCAGACAGUUCCUUAAAUUUAUUGCGUGAGGAGGAACAGAAUGGACAGAAUAUGGCUGAUAUUCAAAGUAAUAGUGUUCCUGUGGACCCUGAGUCUAAAAAAGCCAACGAGCAACUUUUGAUUUCUGAUAAUAUUGACAAAAUAGAUAAAAAUGAGGAAGCCUUAGUCCCUAAGGACCUACCUGAAAUCUCUGCUGAUAGUUGGAGUAUGGGAAGUGCAUUUAAAGACUGUCUGGGAGACAGACUGGAACCCGUUAAGAUCUUGAUUCCUCAAGUUGGAGGGACAACUAAUGAGCGAAAGGAAUAUACUGGUGAAAAAAGCUGUGAUCCACAAAGCUCUAAUCAAAGCAUAAAGAAAAAAAAUUUGAUAAGUGAAAAAUUUGGACAUGUGACAGCUUAUGACUUAAUUAAUAGCAGAAUAAUAAAGAAACCAAAGUCUGCUUUUGAAUUUUUCACACAUGAAUGUCGUCCAAAAUUGAUAAAUGAUAAUCCAAAGACCAGCAUGAAUGACAUCCUGCUGACAAUUGAAGAGCAGUGGAAGAAUUUGAAUGAAGAGGAAAAACAAAAUUAUGAAAUGAAAGCCACUAAGGACCAGGAACGGUACAACAGAGAGGUCAAGAAAGCCAAUGCACAGCCAAUGCACCGACCAGCAAAGGAGGCAGAAAAACACAAACCCAAGCUAAAGAAUGCUGCAUCUGACCAGCAGAAGCUUGACAAGAUAUUUCAUGAUCAGAUUGAAAAGAAGGGGAAAAUGGAACAGCCUGUGAAAAUUGUGACAGUGCCUUUCUCUCUGAGUUUGUGUAGACGUCACCUUCAGAGACAAGAGAGAAAUGUUUCAGAUGAUCAGCUUUUCCUGAUCCGUCGUCAGAGUUUUCCUGAUGUCUGGAUAUUUGCUACUGAAAAAAAUGUGAAGUUGCUGAAUCCAUAUAGAUUGGAAGAGGCCCUGCUAUGUAAGAGAUUAUUGGUGAACCAUAAGCUUCCAGCACAGAAACUGGACAAUCCAAUUGUGUUAACAGACAGUCUUAUUGGUGGAUCUCAAUACAUGGCUGCUCUCUAUAAAAUGCAGAAGAAUCAGAGUUUCCAUGGAUCAGGUUAUUUGUCAGAUCCAAGGCUUGUGGCAAAUGGAUUCCAGAUAAAAGUGAUAGAAGGUGUUACGGCUGCAGAAAGUCAUCUGGAAAUAGAAGGGAUGGCAAAUUGUCUGCCAUAUUAUGGGAUUUCUGAUUUGAAAGAAAUUCUGAAUGCAGUUGUUAACAGAAAUGCAAAGGAAGUAUAUGAAUGUAGGCCUCUCAAAGUGAUAAAUUACUUGGAGGGAGAAGCAGUACGUUUAGCUCGGCAGCUGCCCUUACAUUUGUCAAAAGAAGAUGUGCAAAACACAAUUUACAGGAUGAAGCAACAGCUUGGAAGGGAAAAUAAAGGCUGUGUUCAUGGUCGUCCUUUUUUUCAUCACUUAACAGAUAUUCCAGAAGUUGACAAGCACAGCUCCAUGGAAAUUAUUCAGUAAAUGGAACAUUUUGUUUGGGGUCAUACUUCUCUUGCUUAAUUUUGAUCACUACUCUGUAAUUUCAGUAUGUUUUUUGCAAAGCUUUUGUAAAAUGACUUUUCAUUGUUCCAUGUUCACCUCCUAAAGACUUUAUUUAAAUAAAAAUGCUACUUGAAAACUGGAAAUAAAUGCUGUAGAGAGACAACUCACCACUAUUUUUUAAAAAAGAAUUUAUUAAAGAAAUGUUCUCAA